UCUCUUAUUCAUCCAUCCAAUCAAACAUUAUCUCGUAAUUGUUGUCGUAUCUUUUAUACCAAAAAAUAAAUAAAUAAUAUAAUAAGGUGUGGGAAAUUUUCCGACGAAAAAUAAAAUUAUAUUCUCUGGCAAUGGAGUCAAGAGUCUCUCAGUCAACUAUCCACCUCUUUGAUAAUCUCUCUCGCACACAAAGCUCUGUGACAUUCAUCCUCCCCUAAUUCCUAUGGAUUCUUCACUUUAUCUAAUUUGUAGCUGGGUUGCUGCAAUCAGUUUCCUCACGAUUUUGGCUACGUUGUUGUUUAUGGUUUACAAAAAAAACAGAUCCGUAACUGCUUCUUUUUCACCUCCCAAUUGGAAACACCAAAGCUACUGCGAACCGAGUCUACACUUAGUUGAGAUGGAACCGAGUCUAGACUCAGAUGAAGGGAACAUGGACAACUGUGAACCAGAGCAGAGGCUGGAAGCGUUUAUUUCACGGUUUAACUCGGAACUUAGGAAACAGAGGCAAGAGCAUAUCAUCACAAACGAAGAUUUAAAGGAAAAAUUAUAUACAAGUGAAAGAGCUUCCCAAGGAUCAUCUAGUGGAGGACUACCCGCGGUCUACAUUUAUUGCGCAAAUACAUUACAGUACUCCUUCGCUAGCCACCUCUCCAUGGGUUUCCACAGAAAAGGCAUAUAUGCAUCUGCAAAUAGCAAUGAGACUCUGGAUGUGAUGGAGGGAGCUAGCGCUUCUGUGGUGGUUUUUUCGAAGAACUACUUGUCCUCCCCCUCAUGCCUGGAUAAGCUCGUGAGGGUUCUUCAGUGCAGGAGGAAAAGCGGCCAGCUGGUGGUUCCAGUGUUCUAUGACGUCAGUCCAUCUAAUGUGGAGGUGCAGGAGCAAGAGUCAGUUGAUCGGAUAAGCGCGCUCCAAGAGCUGAGAGAAUUCACAGGCUACCAGUUUAGAGAGGGAUGCAGUGAGUGCGAACUCGUGGAAGAGAUUGUUAAAGAUGUCUAUGAAAAACUCCUUCCCGCGGAACAAAUAGGAAUCAGCUUAAGGCUCCUAGAGAUAGAACACUUGCUUUGCAAACAGCCAUGGGGUAUCCGUCGCUUAGGAAUCUGGGGUAUGCCCGGCAUAGGCAAGACAACACUUGCUAAAGCAGUUUUUGAUCAGAUCUCUGGAGGCUAUGAAGCUUUUUUUUUCAUCAAACACUUUGACAAAGCUUUCAACGAGAAGGGACUUCACUGUUUGUUGGAGGAACAUUUUGGGAACAUUUUGAUGGACUUGCCUCGCGUAUGCAGUAGCAUUACAAGACCUAGCUUCCCCGGGGAUAUAUUAAGCAAGAAGAGAACUCUUGUUGUUCUUGAUGAUGUGCAAAAUCCUUUAGUUGCCGAGUCUUUUCUCGGUGGGUUUCAUUGGUUUGGUCCGGGAAGCCUAAUUAUCAUAACCUCCAGAGAUAAGCAAGUUUUCCGCCAUUGUCAAAUCAAUCACGUGUAUGAGGUUCAGAGCUUAAAUGAGAAUGAGGCUCUGCAGCUAUUCUCUCACCAUGCUAUUGGAGAAAAUAUAAGAGAAAAAAAAUUCAUGAAACUAUCAAUGGAAGUGAUUGACUAUGCUAGUGGAAAUCCAUUAGCUCUCAGCUAUUACGGAAAAGAGCUCAAGGGAAAGAAACUGUCAGAAAUGAGGACCACAUUCCUCAAACACAAGCUACGUACGCCAUAUAAGAUUCAAGACUUAUUCAAGAGAAGCUAUGAAGCACUUAAUGACAGCGAGAAGAACAUUUUUCUGGACAUUGCUUGUUUUUUCAAGGGAGAAAAUGUUGACUAUGUGAUGCAACUGCUUGAGGGGUGUGGAUUUCUACCACAUAUUGGGAUUGAUGUUCUUGUGGAGAAGUGUCUGGUUACUAUUUCAGAAAACAGAGUGAAAAUGCAUAGAAUAAUUCAAGACUUCGGCAGAGAAAUAAUCAACGGAGAAGUAGUACAGAUCGAGCGGCGUCGCAGACUAUGGGAACCUUGGACCAUCAAAUUUCUACUUGAAGAUGACAAACUCAAAGCAAACGUCAAAUCAACCUAUACACGUCCUCUGGGCACUGUAGACAUAGAAGGCAUAUUUCUAGACGCAUCGAACUUAAGCUUUGAUGUGAAGUCUGGUGCUUUUAAGCAUAUGCUAAGCCUUAGAUUCCUGAAGAUUUAUUGUUCCAGUUAUGAAAAAGAUAGUAGAGUCCUCCUUCCCAAAGGACUUGAUUCUCUGCCGUAUGAGCUAAGACUCCUCCACUGGGAGAACUAUCCUUUGAAAUCCUUGCCACAAAAAUUUGACCCAUGCCACCUUGUUGAACUCAAUUUGUCUUACAGUCAGCUUCAGAAACUUUGGGGAGGAACUAAGAAUCUCAAGAUGCUGAAGGUGGUCAGGCUGUGUCAUUCCCAGCAGCUAACUGAUAUUAACGAUCUUUGUAAAGCUCAAGAUCUCGAGCUAUUAGAUCUCCAAGGGUGUACACAAUUGCAGAGUUUUCCAGCCAUGGGUCAGUUGCGGCUUCUCAGAGUUGUGAACCUUUCAGGUUGCACAGAGAUCAGAAGCUUCCCAGAGGUUUCACCAAAUAUUAAGGAACUACAUCUACAAGGAACUGGUAUCAGAGAACUCCCAGUAUCCACUGUGACCCUCUCCUCGCAAGUUAAGCUGAACAGAGAGCUUUCCAAUCUUCUAACAGAAUUCCCGGGAGUUUCAGAUGUUAUAAACCAUGAGCGACUAACAAGCCUGAUCAAACCCGUGUCAGCUAAUCAACAUCUUGGUAAACUUGUUCGCCUGAAUAUGAAAGAUUGUGUUCAUUUGACAAGUCUGCCUGACAUGGCUGAUUUAGAAUUACUUCAAGUUCUUGAUCUCUCUGGAUGCUCAAAUCUCAACGAUAUUCAGGGUUUCCCACGAAACCUGGAAGAAUUAUAUCUUGCUGGGACGGCCAUAAAAGAAUUUCCACAGCUUCCCUUGAGUCUUGAAAUCUUGAAUGCACAUGGUUGUGUGUCUCUUAUAUCAAUUCCUAUCGGUUUCGAGCAGCUUCCUAGGUACUACACAUUCAGUAACUGUUUUGGUCUUUCGGAAAAAGUGGUCAACAUUUUUGUAAAGAAUGCUUUGACUAAUGUUGAGCGCCUCGCAAGGGAGUAUCAUCAACAACAGAAACUCAACAAAUCUCUAGCUUUCAGCUUCAUUGGGCCUUCACCUGCAGGGGAAAAUCUAACAUUUGAUAUGCAACCAGGAUCUUCUGUGAUUAUACAACUGGGCUCUUCUUGGAGAGAUACGCUUGGAGUUGCCGUAUUAGUACAAGUUACAUUUUCGAAGGAUUACUGCGAGGCUAGUGGUGGUUUUAACGUUACUUGUGUUUGCAGAUGGAAAGAUAAGGAUUAUGUCUCUCAUAAGCGAGAAAAAGACUUCCAUUGUUGGCCUCCAGAGGAAGAAGGUGUUUCAAAGGACCACACGUUCGUCUUCUGUGAUCUCGAUAUUCAUCCUGGUGCCUGUGAAGAAAAUGAUACCGGCAUAUUAGCUGAUCUUGUCGUAUUUGAGUUCUUUACUGUGAACAAGCAGAAGAAGCUAUUAGAUGAGAGUUGUACUGUGACGAAAUGUGGAGUAUAUGUGAUAACUGCUGCAGAUCGAGAUACAAGCCCUAACAUGACUCCAUCAUUUGAUUACCUGCAGGAGCUUUCUGAUAAUGAUGCUCGAAACGUAUAUGAUGGCUUAGACGAGGAUGAAAGAACUUUAUUUCUUUACAUUGCGUGUCUGUUCAAUGAUGAGGAAGCUUAUUUGUUGGCACCACUUAGCAAUGGCUUGGAAAUUAGUUCUGGGAUCAAGAUCUUAACCGAUAAGUCUCUCAUACAUAUAUCUCCAUACGGUGUUUUAGUACGAGAAGGCUUACUUCAGAAAAUAGGUAUGGAGAUGAUCAAUAGACGGAGACAGGCGCAAGCUUUGACCAAUUUAGCAGAUAUAGCCGGAGUGGAUUCUCGGAAGUGGGAUAAUAACGCUAACAUGAUAGAGAACUUGCCUCACUCCUUCAAGAUGCACUCUUCAAUGUGCUUAGCCUUGAAGAAAUUAGUUGAUAGAGUCAUGAAAAUAUUUCCUGAAAUAGAAGCUGCUAGACCCGGAUCUUCCACAGCGAUACAGCCUCUCAACGAAGCUUUGGAGAAAGCUAAGCUGCUUCUUCAAUACUGCAGUGAAUCCAGUAAACUCUACAUGGCAGUAACAGGAGAUGAUAUACUCACAAGAGGUUCUAGAUCCAAAAAGUUAUUAGAACAAAGCUUAGCUGACAUCAGAACCAUGGUUCCUACUGCUUUGGCUAUCCAGAUACUUGAGGUUCUCCAGGAUCUUAAGUCAACAGAGUUGUCUCUAGAAUCAUCUGAAGAAGAAGCUGGGAAAGAUAUUAGGGAACUGAUGCGACAAAGCACAUCUUCUUCUGUGUCUUCUGAUGAGAUCAGAGAUUUCCACUUUGCAGCCCUAAAGCUCCAGCUCUCAACACCUGAAGCCGUUGCGGUAGAGAGAAGGUCCUUAAAGUCGCUUUAUGGGAAGCUAGGCGAGUGUGAAGGGAACAAGAGACAGAUUCUGAAGUAUCUCCUCUGCCUCCUGAAGAAGCAUGAGAAAAUCAUAUGGAGAGAUCACAAAGAUAACUCUCUCACACUGCAUCAGUCUUCGAAUGAUUCUGUGUGUGCUGGUGUUGCAGAUGCCGGGUGUUCUGAGGAAUACAAUGCAACACUUCCCGAGCAUUUCAAAUGCCCUCUUUCUCUUACCGUGAUGUAUGAUCCUGUCAUCAUUUCUUCGGGCCACACGUUUGAGAGGAUGUCGAUUCAGAAAUGGUUUGAAUGUAAUGAUUCAUGUCCUGUAUCGAAAAGGAUACUGGAUGAUUUCACAUUGCAGUCCAACGUAGCAAUGAAGGAUCAGAUAUCAAAAUGGUGCUCCAAGAAGGGUCUUGAUGUUCAAGAUCCAGCAAUGAAGCACGUAAACGCUUCACAUAAUCUUGACUUCUCCAUUCCUAGUUUUUCAAGUCCUCUGUACAAUAUCUCAGACCUCAGCUGUUUCAGGAGUAGUGACAUCAGUUCUAGCUUCUCCACUGAAUCAGAAACAGAAAUCAGAGAUUCUACUCACAGCGAGUGGGAGAUAGAACCCUUAUGUGAACUCAGUAAGCUUCCAUGGAAUGCGCAGGUCAAGGUUGUUCAAGAUGUAAGAAGUCUUUUUGAGCAAGAUUCUAAGGCUGCUCGGUCUAUGUCGCCGAGUAAAUUUAUUGAGCCACUUGUCACAUUCUUGAAGAAUGCUCAUGAAAGAAAUGGCACUGACGUAGUAAAGGAUGGAUUGGAGUUAUUAUUGACUUUCCUCAGUGGAAACCGAAGGGCUAUAGACUCUCUGGGAGAAGAAGUAUUUGAAAUGUUGUGUGUCUUUCUCGGGUCUGAGUUAGUAGCUGAAGAAACUCUAAACGUACUCGAGGUUCUCUCUAACCACCCACACAGUCUCUCCAAGAUAACUUCAACAGGCUCUCUCUCUUGCCUUUUGAAGAUCGCUGAGUCUGGAGCAGAAAAUCUUCAAGAACAAGCAAUGAUCACACUCAAGAAGCUGUGUUCAAGCAAUGAGAUUUGUCUGGAAAUGGUCUCUCUCGGUUUUGUCCAGAAGUUAACAUCUUUCUUGCAACAAAACGUCUUCAGCAAACACUCAAUCAUCAUGCUGAAGAAUCUCUGCAACACGGAGAAAGGUCGGGUUUGUGUAACCGAAACCCCGGGUUGUUUAGCUUCAAUAUCUGAUUUAUUGGACUCAAAUGUUUCCGAGGAGGUAGAGAAUGCAAUCUCCAUUCUCCUCCAGCUCUGUGUGGAGAAGAUAGAGUAUUGCUAUCUUGUGGUGAGAGAAGGCCUUAAUAUCUACUCAUCUCUUCUCUUGAUAUCCAACAACGGAACCGAGGAAGCGAAGGUGGGUGCAUCUGAAUUGCUUAGAGCUCUUGAAGAAGUAGAAGAAGUAGAAGAAGAAGAAGAAUCCUCCACACCACAAGAAGAAGCAACUACUUCACAGGUUGUUACUCAUCAGGAACCUAUAACAAAACCAUCUCCAAAGAAUUCUGGUCUUUUUGGACUCAGUUUCUCCAUUUCCAAGAAGAAGAUAAAACUAUAAGUUUUGUUAGGCUGUUUUUAACUUACCUUUUUAAGAAGCUAUCAUUUUUUGUGGUUCUCUUUGUUGAAUUCUGUAACCCAAACCCUUGGUUGUUUAGCUUCAGAAUCUGAGUUACUGGAAGCAAAUGUUCCCAAGGAGUUAGAGAAUGCAAUUGCCAUGUGCAGAGAAGAUAGAGUAUUGCUAUCGUGUGGUGAGAGAAGCGUUGAUAUUUACUCAUUUCUUCUAGAACCCAGGAAGGGAAGGUGCGUGCAUCUGAAUUGCUUAAGAGUUCUUGAUGAAGUAGAAGAAGAAUCCUCCACAACAGAAGAAGGAAUAGUCCAAGAUCUUUCUUAGUUCAACUGUGCCGACUCUAAAAUCAUCCGAGAAGCAGCUGUGAAAGCAGUUAGGGAACUGGUUCUAUGGAGCACAUCUUAUUCUGUGUCGUCUGAUGAGAUCAGAGAUUUCCAUUGUGCAGCAUUCCACAGGCCACAACUUUAAGAGGAUGUGGUUUCAGAAAUGGCUCCACGAAGAAAUGGUGCCGCAGAGAUAAACGCUUGGAUUGGAAGUUAUUGGCUACCCUUAGUAAAAACAUGAGGGCUAUGGAAUCUUUAGAAGUAUGUUCCACCUUGGCCCAUUGGGAGACGGUCUUACGGGUAGUUUGUUCCGCCCUCGACAGGGAGAUGAACAAGAAAGUUCCCGGUAAGAACAGCGUUUGUUAAGAAAAAGGAACUCGCAGUAACGCAGUAAUUCUUAAUGUGUUUGCAUAUCUCCCUUAAGGACGUUAUGUUGUCUCCUCGUGGGAACAGCUUUAAAGAUGUUGAUAUAUAGUCUACGAGCAUAUGUAUUCUGGUUGGAAUCAGAUUCAUUAAACC